UAUUUACCUAACAGGUAAUUUUUAUCAGGUAAUAGUAAAUGUUUAUUUAAGACAGUUUAUUAAGAGGUUUUCGAAUAAUAUUAAAAAAGCAUGUAAGGUGUUUGAUAUUUAAAAAAAAAUUAAUCAGAGGAAAUGAUUUAAUUUUACUUUCAAUUAUAGGCUUUUUCCCAAUUAUGGAAAUUAUUAGAUUGAUUAGUAUAACAGCAUUAGUUUUAUUGAUUUGUUUAAUCACAUAUUUUGACUUUUAUUCUUUAAAGGUGUCUAGUGAAGAAGAUUUCCAUCGAAGAGAUGGGGGUUCUAAAGUACCAGGUAUACCAGGGAAAUACUUCUUUUACGUUAACUGCACAUCAUGUGAUGUGCAGGGAGGACUGGUUCUGAAUCACGAAAGCAGCGCCUAUGACUACGAUUUUGGUAGUUUGGAAGAUAGUGGAGAUCACAAUGUAUACGGUGCUGAAGAUAACGGAAAUGUGACAGCAAGCCAACAAAAUGCGAUGUCACCCUUUGAGACAACGCGAUUGGUGAAAAAGAAUAUGAGAGCCAGGAGAAAAGGAAAUCGUCUCAGGAAAAUGAAACAGUCGGAAGACAAAAAAAUUCCAACACUUAAUUUGACAGUGGAUUAGAUAUUUUAAAAAAGAAAAAUGUUUAUCAUCAAUAAUUUCUAGUAGGUGGAA